AUGGUUAACGUUCCAAAGACCAGAAGGACCUACUGCAAGGGCAAGCAAUGCCGCAAGCACACCCAACACAAGGUCACCCAAUACAAGGCCGGUAAGGCUUCUUUGUACGCUCAGGGUAAGAGACGUUACGACCGUAAGCAGCGCGGUUUCGGUGGUCAGACCAGACCUAUCUUCCACAAGAAAGCCAAGGUUACCAAGAAGGUUGUCUUGAGAUUGGAAUGUGUCGUCUGCAAGACCAGAGCCCAGCUGGCUUUGAAGAGAUGUAAGCACUUCGAAUUGGGUGGUGAGAAGAAGCAGAAGGGCCAAGCUUUGCAAUUUUAA